AUUUAGUAUAGAAUAUAAAGUUCAGUAGAAGUUUACUCUGGCUAAGCUUACUCUGGUGACUCUUGAAAAUGGCUUUGUGGAAUAAAGUGCAAACAGGUUUCGACGCUGAUGAUGAAACUAUUAAUUUCGGCACACGGAUAAUUACAGAAAACAAUGGUUCACUAUACGAAGCGUGUACAAUAGCAACGAUUCAAUCCCAUGAAAAGGUGGAUGAAAAACCAACUGUUUUAGCAUCUCUUCAAUAUUCUAAGUUUUGUGUAGCAAUUGAUAAAUCCAUUACAGUAUUUGAAGAUGAAAUAUGCAAUAAAAUAUUAUACAAUGUUAAUUUUCCCUCCAUGAUAGUUCGUUACUGCAUCUCCAAAGAUGGUUUUGUUUUAUUUGUGGUACUUGCUACUAAAAUUUUAUAUUGUUUACAUUUAUCAGAUGGAAAACAAAUUUUUACAAAAACUAUACCUGAUAAUAAUCAAGACAAUAUAAUACAGAUAUUUUUGAAAGAGCAAAGUGAAGAAGUUCUUAUAAUUCUUGUUAUGAACACUGGAGUUAUUUAUAGUUUCUCCAAAUUAUAUCCUAAAGCUUUAGAGAUUGCAUUAACUAAUGAUGAUAAAGCUAUGAUUGCAGAACAUAUAACAAAUGUUCAAUGUUCUCAACUAUUCAAGGGAUUUACAUCUGAGAAGUUCCUUAAUGCUAUGAUAGAUGAAUUGUCAGAUGAACUAUCAAUAACUAUGAUUGGAACAAAUUCGGUUUUUAUUUGGCCUAAUGAUGAAUAUAAUAAUUUUUAUAAUGUAUUUUCUUUUGGAUAUAAAAAGAUACAAUUGUUACUUGGUAGCAAUAAAAUGCUUUGUCUGCGUACAGAUUAUACAUUAACUAUUAUGUGUCCAAAUACACUACUAGGAAUGAAAAUAUAUGAUGGUCCAGUAUUUGAUUUUGUAGUGAUACAACACAAUAAUCAUUGUGAAAUUUUAUUUUUAACACAGUCUAAACAGAAUCCCGCUAGAUAUUUGUUACGUCUUAUUUCUUAUCCAGAUCUUGAACAGAAGUUGGAAAUUAAUGUUUCUACUACUAUUUAUUUAUUAGAAGUUUUGCAUACUUCUAAUAAUAUAUUUUAUGUAGAGGGUUUUUCUACUGAUAAUAAAAUUAUCAAUGAAUUUAGGAUAAAAAGGAUAUCGGAAAGUAUUCCUGAAAUGCGUUUAGCGAGAUUAUUAAAGAAGAAGCAAUUUGAUGCAGCUGAAGCUUUUGCAAGAAGAUCAGGUCUUUCCUUGGAAUCUAUUUAUUGUGCUAAAGCAGCAUCAUUCAUAGAACAAUUUUGCACAAAAUCUACUCCCGAUUUAAUUAGCGUAGAUGCACUAAUAAACGUUCUAGAUAAAAUACAAAAUGUGCAAUACGUGACUGACUGUUGUAGCAAAAUCUUCAUUUCUAAUUAUAUACAAAUGAGACAAAUGUAUUUAUAUGCUCAGCAAAGAAUAAUGCAAAAUAUAAAGAGAGAAAAUAUGAAUGAUUCAUUGAAUGCUAAUUUGUCUUUGAUAAAUGAUAAUUUAUAUAAACUUGAAACUUUCCAAAUGAUUCAAUGUACUGAAGAAAAUACAUUAUUGAAUUAUGAUACAAAUAUGAAGGAAUGGAUAAGAUUUUUACAAGCAAAUUUGUUAGAAGAAUGCACUACUUAUUUAUCCAUGGGUCAUUUAAAAUCUGCUACUCUAAUUUGGAGGAGACAUCUUCCUGAUAUAAUAAAACAUAUAUCUAUGGAAACUGUACAAAAUAUUUUUGCAAUCUUGCCUGAAGAUAUGACCCCAUCAUGUUUAUGGCCAUGGCUUAUUGUUUUUAUACCUACAUUAUUAUCUUUACUGCCUGAUACGAUUGAUGAAAUUAUAUCUUGGAGUCUAAAGAAACUAAAACAACUUGAAAUAUCUUAUUGUACGGUAUGGCCAGAAAUUGGUAUAGACUUUGUUAAGAAAUUUCUAAAAUUGCUCAAAUUUGAAGACGGGCAACAAUCUAUAUGUUUCUAUCAAGAAUACAGGUAUCAGAAUUCUUUUGAAUUGAAGCAAGUUAUAUUUUUGCUUGAAGUUUUAUCUGAUAUUCAACAAUUGAAGAACAAUUACAGAUUGAGAGUACCUCUUGAUACAUAUAUUGACUUACCUAUAGAAGCAAUACAUAUGUUGUUGGAUAAAGUAAAUCUUGACAAAAUCUCAGAUUUUGUAAAUACAUUUUUAAAACAAUAUAUACUUAAUAAUAACUUACAAAACGAUGCUGUUCUUUGUACAUAUAUACAGAAAAGCAUGGAAAGUUUAGAUAGUUGGUGGUUUAAUGAAGAAGCUAUAUGGGAGAAAAGAGUUACUAUUAUAAUAGAAUUGAUAUAUAAUAUUGAAAAUCGAUUAAAGCAAACUUUGACAGUCUUAAGAAAGGCACCAGUACCUUGGAGCUCAACUAUCAUUACUUUGGCAGAAACAAAUAGUAAUUUUGACCAUGAGUUAUCUUUUGAAAUUAAAGUUGAAUGCGAUUAUGUUCCAAUAAAAGUCAUCUUAAAAAAAUAUGGAUAUGCAACAAUUGGCGUAAAUAACAAAUUAAUAUCACGUAUAAUAAAAGAAGAUCGUGAUUCUGUUAUUAAUGAUAUAGAUACACUGACUAAAAGGAAUCAGCAAUUAAGACAAGAUGCAUUUUGUCGAUACAUAAACUUUCAAUUAAAUAUAGGAAAUUUGCAGAAAGCAAUAGAUACAUUAUAUUAUUUAGAAAAUAAUAUCACUGACGUUUUAUAUUGCUAUGAAGGAAUUCUUAAUUAUAUUGUUGCCGCUUCUUCUUUUCAGAACGUGACAACAUCUUUGAUUUACCAUAUAAAAAUACUGGAUUAUUUAGAAUUCAGAAUACAUGAUUUAUUAGCACAAUUAAAUGAUUGUUCUUUCCGUUACACCAAUAUCGUCAAAAUGAUAAAAGAUUUAAAAUCAUUAUACAUAUUGAAAAAAGAUUAUAAAAUUGACAUUUUACUAAAGGAUUAUCAUAUGCAGAAGUCAGUUAUACUGCAGAACUAUAUCACAAAAUUUCUUUCAAAUAUGAAAGAAGAUGAUUUGUCCAUAAUAUAUAAAACGGUUGUUAAAGUUGCUGAAGUGCUAGGAUUAGAAAAAUCAUGUGCAAUUUUAUCUUUGCUAAAACAAACGAAAAAUGUAAACAUAUUGCCACAACUUGUUAGUUAUGAUGAUGAGGAUUUAAAUAUAUCAGAUGAUUUUAAAUAUAUAUACAAGAUAUGUUUAUUAGCAUUACAACAUGCCGAAAUAAACGUAGAUACUAUAAAAGUUGUCAAAAACUUAAGUGCUUCGAUGUUAAAUAUUUGUCAAGACAGCGACUUAAAAUCUGCAGUAAUACUAAACACUUAUACUAGUGUGUGUUCAAACUUUUUUACUCAACAUUAUUCCAAUAUAAAACAAGAAAUGGUGCCACAGUUUGGUUGGAAAUUGUACACAAUAUAUAAAGAUCAGGCAGUAAUUUUGGAUAAAAGAUUAUUGUUUCUGUUCAAUGAUGCAAUAUAUCUUUAUUUAUAUUGUUCAAAUCAAAUUGAUGAUAAUGAAAUUACUAAUUGCAAUGAACAAUUGCUGGAGGAUCAAUUAAAUAACUUUCUGGAAAAUGUAAAAAAGAUGCAACGUCAACACAAUGAUUAUUCUUUAUUGCAAAUUUUUAAGACGUUUUAUUUUAUGUACUGUACCAUAUCAGUAAGAAACAGAGUUAUAUCAAAGAAAAUGGAGUCCAUAUUAUUGCAACUAUUGAUGAGUUUACUGAAAAAGCUGUGUAUUGAACGAUCGUUCGAUCUUCAAUUAGGAUUAUCUUGUCUUUUUAUGUUACCUGAAUCGGAAGCAUACACCUGGCUUUCUACAACUUGCACAUUUUUUCAAGCUGAUUAUAUCCGGCAUUGUACGAUUUCGACUCUGGGAUAUGAAUAUUCGCGGUUGGGACAUAAUCGAUCUUUACAAAUGUUCAAAGAUUACAAGCUACUACACAUCUGGGCACAACAAUUGUCACAUUAUUCAAUAGCUUAUAAAGAAAUUUUAAUAAAUAAUGCUUCGAGCAAAAGAGAAAUUUUAAUGCAGAUUAUAAAUAGUAAUAGGGAAAACAUAAUUCCCUUGCUAAAAGACUAUUGUUAUAAUUUUGGUUUUAAUUUCGAUGAUUGCCUAUUACUUUACUUAGAAAUAUUAUUAAAAACGUGGAAUCCAACAAUAAUCAUGCCAAAUGGGAGCAUGUAUAAAGAAUUACUUAUUUGUAAGAGCGAAAUAGAUGAAUUAAGAAAGAAAUGCAACGAAAUUGUUGCACAAUUAAGUGAUGAAUUUAUGAUAAAGCAAUGUAUCUCGUCAUUAUGGAAUCAGGUCAAUUUUUACUAUUAUGAAGUGUUUAUCAUAUUAAUGGAUCUCACGGGAAAUAAUGAUAUGAAAAAAAGGAAUUAUCUUUAUUUUUUACAAAAUUACACUCGGAGUGGAUCUCCUACUCAAAUAGAACAUGAUAAAUGGAUACAGCUUAAUCUAGGACAUAGCACAUUACCGCUAAUAGCCCAAUGGAGACUUCCAUUCUUGUUUGAAGAUAUUUGGAAAAUUAUUACUCCAGAAUUGAAUUUAAGAACAUAUGAUAAAUGGCUUGACAUCGCACCCAUACUCAAACUAGAAACGCACCUCAUAUGUACAUUAGCUAUUAAGGGUGAAGUGACUCGUGUAUGGGGAAAUAAUUCUAAAUCGGAAAACGCUUGGUCACCUUGCUUAAGAAACACCACACUGCUCCAAGAUAUAAAGAAAUGUAUACAACAGAUUACUAAUUCAGACGGAUUCUAUUAUGGCACUGUGGCAUUGUAUUAUGUUGUAAAUUAUACACCUGCUGGUGCCGAUCGCGUUGCUGCAGCGAAAGAAUGUUACGAGUAUGCUCAAUUGGCGGCGCGAAAUUCUACCAAAUUCGAGGAAGGAAUGUUGGAGAAAAUUAAAGACAAAUAUUUGAGAUGCACAUCCGAGCAUAUUCUACGUACAUACGGAUUAGAGAAAGAUAAAUAUCUUGCUUUAAUCGAAAACCCAUACAAAUUGGUAUAUGAAUUAUAUAACGACGAAAGCAUAUCAUUACGAUAUCGAACUACAUCCAAUCACAGGCCCAAUAUUAAUGCUGCCGUUAAUGAACUUGGCAAAUUAUUUUCGUUAAAUAUAAUAAAGUUGCGUUUAGAUUUAUUGCAAGAAUGGUUACAAUCCGAUGUUAGAUAUACUGAGUUAUGCCAAAGCUUUACACAGACGUUUCUAACGUUAAAAGACUCUGAUCAGAAUACAGAUUAUGAAGAUAAUUUAUUUAGAACAUGUUAUAUGCUUGAAAAUGGAGAUGUGGAAUUGUUUGCACAAUUUCUUAUAAAUAUAGGCUUUGGUGAUCAGUGCGGUCAGGCUGAAUACAAUUAUAACGUACAAUAUCGAGCGUUACGAAUUUUACAAAAUAUUGUUGAUACUGCUACUUUAGAGAAGCUACUCCAGCAAGAUAUAUGUACCUUUAGAAAAUAUAUGAAGUCGUUACACUAUAUUAGCAAGUUAGAAUUGUUAGGAUUAUGUUAUAGCGUUAAUUCAUUUGAAACUUGUUCUAAACAUGAUCUCGUUCAAAUAUUAUUAAAAAGUCAACGUCAUUCGUCUGAUGCUGUCUCUCUUAUAGCACAGAUUUGCAUCGAGUUUGAAAUAUAUGACAUUCUAUUUUGGGAUGAUACUUUGAGUCAGAUGACAAAGUUACGCAUGAUAAGUGAAUUGAAAAAAGUUUUACUGCAAUCACGAAAUGAGAAGGUCAUCGUAAGUUGCAAUGGUUACAAAAAGGGAUGGCAAUUAAUUAUUUCCGAACCAUUUAGAGAGAUCAAUGUAAAUUCGAAUCUGCAACAAAUUGAUAGUUGCAUAGAGGCGAUUUGUCUAUUAUAUUCGUGUCCUGUGAUACAUGAAUUAAACUUCACUACUAUUGUGAAAAAUUGUUUCCAAUGUAAACAGGCAUCUUUGGCCGCAGCACUCCUACCAUUUUUAAAUGAAUCUGAUAAAAAAUUUGUUUUGGAGAUGGUUAAUCAAAAAUGCCAAAUGGCAGAACUCAUGGAAGAAUUAACUAAUUUAUCUUCCAAAGGAAUACUUACAGUUGCACAUAGUCUUACUAUUCUACAAGAGUCUACAUUACAAGAAUAAAAACAAGCAAAUUUUAUUAGUAUAAGAAAAAAAUCAACUUCAAAAUGAACCUACUUAAUUGUUAAAUUAAAAUGUGAUAUUAUUGAAUGCACUAAUUGCAAUGUGCAUACAUAUAUAAUAAAG